AUGGCUCCAGUAUCCACAGAUUCAGCUCUCACCACCUUAACAUUAAACCCAAGCCCCAAUUCAACUCCAUCCCCGGACACCGACAAGGACUGCAGCGACAAACCAUCGAAACCCCGCCCCAUAACUUCCUGUGCGGCCUGUCGCAUACGAAAAGUCAAGUGCAACCGCGCCUCCCCAUGCAGCGCAUGCAUAGCGCGCAAAACAGAGUCGGAAUGCACAUACGCCACAACAAUGGAAGAGCGCGAAGCAAUCGCGCAAGCAGACCUAAUUGCAGAGCUUCGAACGACACGAAAUAAACUGCAGAACCAGCUAGCGAAGGCGGGGGCUGGGGCUGGCUCUGCUGGGUUCGGCUCUGGUACGUCUACUACGAGUACGAGUACGUCUAGUGGGAUGUACGCUCGGGAUGAAGAGGAAGAGGAGGCGCUGGAGGCCGUGUAUGCGGCUUUGAGGGGUGGAUCGUUGGAUUUGGUAAGAGAGGUUGUGGGAAGGAUACGCGCCGGGGAAGGGGUGAGGGAUGUGCUUGGGUGGUUAGAAGGGGGUGUUGUUGUUGGCGUUGGCGUUGGUGUCGGUGUCGGUGGUAUUGCUGUUAGUGUUGAGAGGGAUUAA